AUGAUAAAUUAAUUCAUGUAUGAAAUUUUGUUUCAGAUAGGAGAAUGGGAUCGGAAUGGAAGAAAAACGAGAAUGUGUACAGCAAGACCAGGGUGGCAAACUAUGUCCUUCAGGAGGCCGAUGUACAAAGAUCAUAUGACGAAGAUAGAGGUCAAUCUUGUGGAUAUUCUGGAAGUUGAUUCAGUGAGACAGGUUGUGAAAGUUGAACCUCUGGUAACAAUGGGCCAACUAACAGCCACAUUGAAUCCAAUGGGCUGGACAAUUCCAGUUUUGCCAGAAAUAGAUGAUCUAACGGUAGGUGGACUAGUAAUGGGAACUGGAGUAGAGUCAUCGUCUCACAUCUACGGUCUGUUCCAAAAUAUAUGUUUGUCAUACGAACUGGUUUUGUGUGAUGGAACCGUAGUGAGGUGCUCCAAGGAAGAGAAUUCCGAUCUCUUCUGGUCAGUACCUUGGUCUUACGGCACGCUCGGUAUACUGACGGCAGUGGAAAUUAAAAUGAUCCCGGCUAAAAAGUACGUUAAACUACUCUACGAACCUAUGAAUGGACUGAAGAAUAUCGUCAAGAGAUUAGGAGAGGUCAGCAGAAAUCCACUGAAUGAGUUUGUCGAGGCUUUGAGCUACAGCGAAGAUGAGGCUAUCAUAAUGACCGGUAAACAGACUGAUGAAGCAGAACCAGGAAAGAUAAACUCGAUAGGAAGAUGGUACAAGCCCUGGUUUUUUCUUCACGCGAAGAAUUUGUUCAACAAAAAUAGUAUAACUACUGAAUACAUUCCACUGAGGGAUUACUACCACAGACAUACCAGGUCUAUAUUCUGGGAGCUGCAGGACAUCAUACCUUUUGGCAACAACCCCAUCUUCAGAUUUCUUCUAGGUUGGUUGAUGCCUCCAAAAAUCUCAUUGCUAAAGCUCACUCAAACCAAAACAAUCACAAAACUCUACGAGAACAAUCAUAUAAUCCAAGAUAUGCUUGUGCCAAUGGAAACUUUGGAGGAUAGCAUACGAAUGUUCAAAAAGUCCGUCGACGUGUUUCCCAUUUGGUUAUGUCCAUUCAUUCUACUCCCCAAUAAAGGAAUGGUACAUCCAGUCUGUACAGAUUCUGCCAACAUGUAUGUGGACAUUGGAGUUUAUGGUGUUCCUGGAGUCGAGAAUUUCCAUCCGGAAGAGACAACGAGACAAAUCGAAACAUUCGUCAGAAACGUCAAAGGGUUCCAAAUGCUCUAUGCUGAUACAUACAUGACGAAAGAAGAAUUCAGACAGAUGUUUGAUCACAGUCUGUAUGAUAAGUUGAGAAGUGAUAUGAAGUGUGGUGACGCUUUUCCAGAAAUAUAUGACAAAAUAUCGAAGGCAGUUAGAUCUUGAUAAAAAAUAAACAUUCCUCUCUUCUAUACCUUAUGUUUUAAAUAAACUUGUUUUUGAUGA